ACAGGUGUGUGUGUGUGUGUUGUGCAUAUGGAGUUUUCUCACAGGUGUGUGUGUGUGUGUUGUGUAGAUGGAGUGCGGCCUGUGUGUCUGCCGCGUCUCCGUGAGGUGUUUGCGGCCGGCUCCUCUUGCUGGGUCACAGGCUGGGGUUACACACGAGAGGGCGGCUCAGUGUCGCCACACCUGAGACAGGCCUCGGUCCAGCUCAUCAAUCAGUCUGUGUGUUCGCUAGCACAGGUGUACGGCUCUCAGAUCUCUCCCAGAAUGCUGUGCGCUGGAGUGAUGGAGGGAGGAGUCGACUCCUGUCAGGGGGACAGUGGUGGUCCUCUGGUCUGCAGGACAGUAGCGGGGGACUGGAGGCUGGCUGGUGUGGUCAGCUGGGGUGAAGGAUGCGCUCGACCCAAUAAACCCGGCGUUUACACCAGAGUCACACAGCUGCUGACGUGGAUGGAGCAGUACAUCAGUGAACAAAAUGAAGAUGUUCUUCCAAUGGCCACCACACCGAAAACACACUUCUGACAAUGUGCCGUUCAGUAUUGGUGCAUCCAGAUUGUACAGUGUUUAUUUUAAUUUUAAUUAGUUUAAUAUAAACUUUUCAUUCAUUCAUUUUCCUUCAGCUUAGUCCCUUUAUUCAUCAGGGGUUGCUUAUCCAGCAUAUGUUUUACGCAGCUGAUGCCCUUCCAGCUGCAACCCAGUACUGGAAAACACCCACACACACUCAUUCACACAUACACUACGGCCAAUUUAGUCCAUCGAUUCCCCUA